GAGUCAGUUCGACUCCAACGUUCAUUUAUCGUAGACGACAGCGUGUCGUUUUAUUGAGCUACGACGACGGCAACAAAAAAAACUUUGUUUUCAAGGUACAAUCAAAUUUUGCGCGAACGAUUGAUAUUUCAAUGAAAAGACGUUUAAUUUUUUUGUGAAAGUGAGUGUUAUUGUUCAGUUAACCGAAUCCUGGUGGAUUUUCAUAGUUUUAUGACGCGGCAACAGGUCUACUCCGAGUUCUGAAGAUGUUAUCAACCCAGACGAGAACGUGUGGGGACUACGCCUGGACCAGAUUCAUUAGUGUUUCGUAGUUGGGUGCACAGUUUUACAUUCGUUGACUUUUUUUUUGAGAAAAUUAAUGAUGUCGAGACGAAGCUGAUUAAAUUCAACAAAUUUAAAGUGGAUUUCUUUGAAGAGAAAAAAAAUGGAAUCAAAAACAAUACUUCUCUUUUAUCUCUUAACGACGUAUAUUUCUGCUGAAGAUACCGAUUGGACGACGCAAUGCGGUCGGUGUAGAUGUAAAUGGGCUGAUGGUAAAAAAUAUGCCGAUUGUAAAAAUUCGAAUUAUCAAAGUAUACCGGAAGAUUUAAGUAGCGAAUUAAGAAUAAUCGAUUUCUCUCAAAAUAAACUACAUGAAUUAAAAUCUAGAGAGUUUUCCAAAGCAAACUUGAGCGAUGUUCAUAAGCUCAAAUUGACCAAUUGUAGUAUAGAAGAUGUGAAUUACAAAGCCUUCGAUGGAUUAACUUUGCUCAUCGAAUUGGAUUUGAGCAAUAAUGAAAUUAGAAAGCUACCUUAUGAAACGUUUAGAACUAAUUUGAAGUUACGCAUAUUGAAUUUAGCGCAUAAUAGAAUAGAAAGGUUGGAAGAUAAUAUGUUUGCGAAUAUGACUCACUUACAAAAAGUACAUUUAAAUAAUAAUAAGCUAAAGGAAAUUAAAAGUGCUGUUUUCGGACAAACUUGUCCCGUUCAACAUAUAGACUUGAGCAACAAUGAAAUCAAAACUAUCGACGAUAACUUUUUAAACACAUUCAAUCGGAUAACAAGCUUAACUUUAGAGGGGAACCCGUGGAGGUGUGACUGUAAUUUAGCGCAAUUUCGCGAAAACGCAACUAAUAAGAGUUUAGUGACAACGUAUACGCGAUGUGAAGAACCGGAGAGGCUUCGAGGACGUCUUUGGACUGAUAAGCUUAUAUUUGCUUGCAGUCCAACUAUUUUAGAACCAAGCGCGGCGGCAUUAUUAGAAGUUACUUCUAUUAAUUACACGAUAACUUGUAAAGUUAAAGGUGAACCAUCACCGGAUAUCGAUUGGGUCACAAAUGGGAGAAUAAUCGAUAGAGAUCCAAGACAAAAUGUGCAAAAAUAUAUAACUACCACAUCAAAAUCGGGAAAUGUAGUGUGGAAUAAUUUAACAAUCGUUAAUUUUAAUCACAGAGAUCGAGGGGAUUAUAAAUGCGUAGCUAAAAAUCCCGGCGGAGUCGAUGAAAGAAACAUUACUCUUCGCCAUAUGAGUAUCUACGACGGUUACGAUGGUGGAACGGUUAAUAUCAUGCCAUUAAUCAUCGGAUUAUCAAUAGGAGCGGUAAUUUUAUUAUUACUCAUCUUCAUAUUGACGUAUUGCUGCUGUAGGAAAUCAGGAAGAGAUGAUAAUAUUAUGGCGAAAAAUCGCAGCUUGAGUCAGAGCAACGAAUUCGAAUUAAGUUUAGAUCAUACCACGGAAAUGGGAAAGGCAUUAAUUACAGAAGUUAAUCCAGUAGUUAAACCACCAAGACAACCUCAAAUUCCCGCUUCUGUAAUCAGUGGUGGAACCGAAGUUAGUGAAACUAAGAAAAUGCUAGAUGAAGACUCGAUUUAUGGCGAUGAAGAUCUCCGCUCAGCUGAUUACGACUCAAGAUAUAAUUCAAAACCACCAAGUCACUUAAGCAUGGAUUAUCGAGGAGAAGGGCAUUAUCCGCCAGAUUUACUUCCAUUCGCGCACAGAACGAUUCCUCAAGUAUCUCCAGCUGGAAGUUCAGCAUCAACAGUUCCAGAUACAUCUCGUCUUCCAGCUUAUCAUGCUCCUCAGUCACCAGUUCAUACCCCUAUCUACGACGUAUACAGAACCCUUCCGUAUUCAAGGUCGCACUCUCCGUUUACAGCUCCUCAAGCACCUCCCGCAAGAGUACCAAGAAGCGGGGGAUACGUAACGGUGCCGAGAAGACCACGACAAAGUUGGAGUUCUGAGGCUCCAACAUCGGAUAUUGGUGAGCCGUUAUACGAUAAUUUGGGUUUAAGAACGACGGCGACCGGAAGUUCGGUGUUAUCAUUGAAUAAAUUGCAAGAUCCAACAAAGACAUCAACCCCAAACAAAGCUAACAACACGAGACAGUUUCCUUUAUCACCGAUAGAUCCCAUAGCGGAACACCACGAAACGAGUCCAAAAAUGUCUCAAAUGUCUCAAACCCUACCCAGGAGUUUAUCAAAUCAUCGAACACUUCAAACGCCGAACGUGGAUACGAUGAGGGCGAAUUGGAUGAGAAGUCCAGAACCACUCCCGGAUUCAAGGAGAGAAUCAACAGCUUCGCUUCUUCCCACCCCUGAAGGAAAAACACCCAAAAUUCCACCAAGACCACCUCCGAAACCGAAGAAAAGAACUUCAACUGGACCUUUAUUUGAAGACGAAGGAGAGGAUGGUACGGAAGUUUGAGAAUGGCUUAAACUAGUGCCAAUGGCACUGGUGGGAUGCUAGAGAACGGAACCAAUAUGGUUGCUACAGGGUUAAUAGUAUUUGGAAAAAUGAAACAAGAACAAGAAAAAAGAAACACAAAUCAGUGCCUUAUAAACAAAAAGUAAUGAAAAGAAAAUAGGAUUGUUAUUGAUUAAUAUAUUUGCUUUAUUUUAAAAAAGGGCUUCCAAAACUCGUUUGGGGCAAAAGUGGACCUAAAAAAUAAAAAUAGCUAAUGACUCGUUUCUAUUAUUAAAUUGAUAAAUUAUUUUGAAUAAACAGAUCUCUGUUUUUAAUUAUAUUGAUAAAUUAAAUGUUUUAAAUUAAUUAACUAUCAAAGAGACUUUUUCAUGGCGUCCUAUGUGAUCUCUCUGUACAUUAUAAUAAUUAGUUGCGGGGAAAACUCUCUUUAUAUCUCAUCAUCAUCAACACAAAAUAUAUAUAUGUAAAAAUCCUAGUGUGAACGGUGCUUUAACAUAAAUUAAAUUAUAAAACAAAAAAAAAACAAGUGUAAGUGAUGACAAUCUCCUGAACUAAGACAAAAGACUUAGAAGUUAAAGGAGAGAUUCAGACUGACCAUUAUUUAUACGCUUCUCGGUGUUUAUAAAAAAUUUUAACCACAGUGACAAGAAGAAUACCAGAAGACCACGCGUAUACAUCAUUAUUAAAACGGAACAAACCAACAUAAAAAGGGGACUUGUAGUAUUAUUAAAAUCGCUUUGUGAUUAUAAAAAGAGGAUAAAUUAAUUAAAUAAAUGUAAUUAAAUUUAAAAAUUAAAAAAGAUACCUAUUACUAUAUAUUGUAAAGAAAUCUGCGACUUUUUAUUAAUCAUUACUUUCUUAUAUAUGCGACUAUAUCAAUUGUAAAUACUUUUUCUAAAACAACGCGAACAAUUUAAAUCGAUAUGAACCAGAUUUGUAUGUAUGAACGAUGAAUGAGCGAAUUGGGUAAAUGAUGAAAAAAAUCGAAUGGUAAAUGUGACAUUGCUCCUGUGUAAUAUCUAUUUAACUGUUAAGCCAAUAGUAUUUGAAUGUAUUUCACCAAUAAGGACUAUGUAAUUAUUGAAGAUGAAAUAUAUGAUUUAUCCUACAAAAA